GUUUAUUAAAAUUGUGAAACCGGGUCGGGUAGAAACCAACCCUGUUUAGAAGCAGGAAGCAUGUGUAGACGAUACACACAAACGAAGUGAUCGAUGAGACGGAACAUAUAACAGCAAUUCAUAAAAAUCGAAAGCAAACUUGUUAAAUGACGAAAGGAGGCGAAGGAAGAGAAGGAGAUUGGGAGUGCAGUGGAUGUGCAAACAGGAACUAUGCUUUCAGAUCUUAUUGUAAUAGAUGUAAACAACCUCGUAUUCUUGUCGACCAUAAAACCCCUCCUGAUUCUAAGUGGCUUCCUCGUAUUGGUGAUUGGAUCUGUUCUGGUUGCACUAACAACAAUUAUGCCUCAAGAGAAAAGUGCAAGAAGUGUGGACAACCGAAGGAAGUAGCAGCUGUGCCAGCGGUUGCAAUUUCUGCAGCUUCUCUUCCAACUCAUCCGCAUUAUUUUGCCAGGGUACCAGGACUGCACCAACUGCACCAACAAAAGAUAAAUAUGGGAUACUUUGGAAAUGGAGCGCCUCAGCACUCACUACCAUUAACCUCUGGGUGGCCCCUAAAUGGCGGUAAUAAUUAUGGAGUUCAGGCGGCUGUUCAAUCCAUUUCUCCAUGGCCUUUAGGUGGGAUCCCUAAUAAUGGUAUUGCAUAUCCAAACCAAGCAAAUCAAUUAAUGGUUCAGAAAGGUUGGCGGAAUGGUGACUGGAUCUGCAAAUGUGGAUUCCACAAUUAUUCUUCCCGUCUCCAGUGUAAGAAAUGCGAUGCUUCUGUGCCACCAGCUAUUGGAACAAAACGUUUAGCAUCAGAAGAAAUUGUUCAGGAUUCAGAGAACAAAAGACUGAAUGCAGGACAUACCUUUGGACUUCCACAAGCAUACCCAUCAUUUGAACAAAAUGGCAGUUCUAAUAUCCAUCAAAUAACUGGUGCAUAUCCACCUUAUCCAGGCGGAAGCUCAUCAGUGAAUGUACAAUUGCCACAGUUAGUGACGCCACCUGCACUCCUUGGGAAAGGAGCUAGACAAUGGCGUGAAGGGGAUUGGAUGUGCACAAAUUGCAACAAUCAUAACUAUGCAUCUCGUGCAGAGUGUAAUAGGUGCAAGACACAGAGGGAAUUGCCUCCACAGCCAGUUAAUGUUGAUGUUAGUGUUGCAUAGUGUUACUGCGACACAUUUAAAAUGCCCCCAAGUCUUUCAUAGUACUUAACAAAAUUGCCCUCAGAGAACUAGCAUCUAUAUUAGUUUCUUUCGUUGGAUGAAUGUAAUGCAUCUGCAGCAUAAUGGUUUUGAGUUUGAAGUAAAAUUGGAUGAUGACAGUUCUUUGAUUAAGGGAUUGUCAAAUUUAUAGUUUCA